UUUAGGAAGAUUAAAAUCAUAACACUGAGCCAGCAUGGAUUUCUUGUGCUCCAUUUUACUGAUCAUCUUGCGCUUACUGAGGUGUAUUUAUCAUUACAAAUUUGUUUCGGGAUACUCAAUAGUUUGCCGGUUGGCUAAUGCGCUUGCGGUAGUUGAAGCACGAAAAAGAUGCUAAGGGGUCUGUUAGGUGUGGGACAAGCAGAGUUCCUUCAUGUUCCAUCUUCCAUGAAUCAUGCAUGCCGCGUACAACGCCAAAUUGCAUAGCUUAAAACUCCACGGCACCACCUCUUCUGCAACGACCGAAGCAACCAAGCCAGCUGCAAUUUCUGUUUCUAACCGAAUUCUAUCUGCUGCUGCGUUCUUGUCGAGUCAUCUUUUCCCCUUAGUAUGUGCACUGCAACUCCGCAGUCUGCAAGUGCCAGGUGCUGUUUGGUCAAUAUGAUUGUUGGGGGUGGCUAUUUUGAAGGUUCCCAUGAUCAUAAUCUCAUGCCGGGAUCUUUAAUAAAACCUGACUUUGCAAAUGAGAGGCAGAGGAGGGAAUGGAUGAAUGUAGCGUUCUGGGCUUUAAGAAUCCUCCUCCCCGAUCCCAAGGACGACAGGGUCUCAAAUGUAGAGGAUGCCAUUGAAUACAUACAUGAGCUGAACCGGACAGUGAAGGAACUGAAGAUCCUAGUAGAACAGAAGAGGCAUGGGACUAAUAGGAAAAAGAUGAUAAAGAUGGACGAAGAGGCAGCUUCCGAUGGCGAGAACUCAUCGACGAUGCCAGUGAGGGAUGAGCAAGACAAUGAGCUCGAUUGGGCCAUAAGGAGCUCCUGGGUGCAGAGGAGGUCCCAGGAAUGCCGUGUUGAUGUCCACAUAGUGGAAAAUGCAGUAAACGUCCAGCUCACUGAAUGGAAGAACGCCAACUCCCUGCCUCAUGCCGCGAAGGUUCUCGACGAGUUCCAUCUUGAGAUCAUCAGCGUGGUCGGACAGAUUGUUGGCGAUCACCGCAUAUUCAUCUUCAACACUAAGGUAUCUGAAGGCUGCUCGGUGUAUGCCCUUGCAGUGGCCGAGAGGCUCUUUCAAGCAGUUGAUGCACAGCACCAGGCCCUCAACAUACUCGGCCAGGCUCUAGCAACCAAACUGACUAUCUGAAGAAGUUCAUAGUCUGCAACUGUCUUGGAGUAGCAAUUUCAUGUCUGUUCUCUCAGUGACAAAAGUUGUUAAAUCGGGCUUGAUAAUCUGGCCAUGCGAAAGUCAUAAAUUGCGUUGGCUGUUCAUUUCAUCUGUAGUUGGUUUGAAAACAUAAUAGCAGAACAACAUGAUUCACUCAUGUUUGGAUA